ACAACAACAAAAGUUUCCUUUGCCUUUUCCUUGGUUUCCUCUUAAAAAAUGUAUUAAUAUUAAUAUUUGACUUUAAUAUGAAUAUGGAAAUAAAACCAAAAUCUAGUGAGAGAACGGAGAGAACUUGUAAAAUAGAAAUAGGCAAUGACACCUUGGAUGGCUUCAAAAUUGAAAUUAAGGAAGAACCCAAGACAGAAACUGCUGCAGAUCAAGCAUUUGAUUAUUUAAACUUAAAUAAAUUCACGGUAAACACUAAAGUAGAACAAGAUGAACAUAAAUUUACACUAGUUGAAGAAAAGCAAACAAUAAAUGAAGAAAGUUGCCCCCAGGUGGAAAACAAAAUGAACAUUGUGGAAACGUUACUUUUAUCUCCCAGAGAGAAAUAUACAUCUCAACACACUGAAGCAAAGAAUACGAAAGUUGGGACUGGACAAAGACCUUACAAAUGUGAAAUUUGUUUCAAGCAGUUUACUCAGAUACGGUACUUGAAAUCGCACUUGCUGGUACAUACUGGAGAAAAACCUUACAAGUGUGAAAUAUGUUUUAAGCAGUUUUCUCGUAAACUUCAUUUGAAAACACAUUUGACAAGGCAUACUGGAAAAAAACCUUACAAGUGUGAAAUUUGUUUUAAACAGUUUACUACUAAAAGUAAUUUGAAACGACAUCUGAGUACCCAUACUGGUGAUAAACCUCACAAGUGUAAAACUUGUUUAAAGCGGUUUAUUACUUCAAUUGACUUAAAAAGACAUUUUAGUACUCAUACUGGCGAAAAACUUCACAAGUGUGAAAUUUGUUUAAAACAGUUUGUUACUACAAAUGAUUUGAAAAGACAUUCGAGAUGGCACACUGGAGAAAAACCAUACAGGUGUGAAAUUUGUUUGAAGGAGUUUGUUACUACAGGUGAUUUGAACGUACAUUUGAGAGUACACACUGGAGAAAAACCGUUCAAAUGUGAAAUUUGUGUAAAGCAGUGUAUUACUGCAAGUGUUUUGAAAAGACAUCUGAGAACACACACAGGAGAAAAACCUAAUCAGUGUGAAAUUUGUUUAAAGCAGUUUAGUGAAGCAAGUACUUUGAAAAGACAUUUAAGAACACACACUGGAGAAAAACUUCACCAAUGUGAAACUUGUUUAAAGCAGUUUAGUACUACAAAUGAUUUGAAAAUUCAUUUGAGAGUACACACUGGAGAAACCCCUUACAAGUGUGAAAUUUGUUUUAAACAGUUUUCUCGAAAAAUUAAUUUGCAAACACAUGUAGGAAGACACACGGGAGAAAAACUUCACACAUGUGAUACUUGUUUAAAGCAGUUUAUUACUACAGGCGAAUUAAAAAGACAUUUGAAAACACACAGUGGAGAAAAACCAUACAAGUGUGAAAUUUGUUUAAAGCAAUAUAUUAGUACAAGUGAUUUGAAAAAACAUUCGAGAGUGCACACUGGAGAAAAACCGUACAAGUGUGAAAUUUGUUUUAAACAGUUUAGUGUAGCAAGUACUUUGAAAACACAUUUGCUAGUGCACACUAAAGUAAAACCGUACGAGUGUGAAAUGUGUUUAAAACAAUUUAGUACAACAAGUCAUUUACAAAGACAUUUGAGAACACAUACUGGAGAAAAACUGCACAAAUGUGAAACUUGUUUGAAGGAGUUUAUUACUACAAGUGAUUUGAAAAUACAUUUGAGAGUGCACACUGGAGAAAAACCGUAUGAAUGUGAAAUCUGUUUCAAGAAGUGUAUUACUACAGGUGCUUUGAAAAGACAUUUGAGAAUACACACUGGAGAAAAACCUCACCAGUGUGAAAUUUGUUUAAAGCAGUUUAGUGAAGCAAAUAGUUUGAAAGUACAUUUGAGGGUGCACACUGGAGAAAAGCCGUACAAGUGUGAAGUUUGUUUUAAGCAGUUCAGUAAAGCAAAUAAUUUGAAGACCCAUUUGAGAAUACAUCCUGGAGAAAAACCAUACAAUAUAAAGGAAAAAAUUCCUCUCAUUGGCUGUAUACCAUAAUAAAAAACUUACUAAGGAAGUAAAACUUCACUUGUAGGUAGAUGGUAUAUAAAUUUAUUAAAAUUUUUAUCUAAAAAGAUCCAAAUUGGGUUGAAGUGGGUACAUCUAUAGUACAAAAAACAAACGUUUUCGGACCAAUCAGUCCAUCAUCAGGUUGAAACUUUAGAUCCAAAGUAGUUGGAACUAGCUACAUAGAUAGGUCAAAAGACCUUACUUAGUGUUACAAUAAUUAGGCCAUUUCGGCUACAACAAUGUCGACAAUAAGUCGAUGUUAAAAGAAUAUAUAAAUGUAGUGAGACUAUAGUGUAGUCUUCAUCUUGGCUUCAAACUGACCUCAAACUGGCUUCUGGCUUCAAACGUCAGUUUGAAGCCAAGAUGAAGACUACACUAUAGUCUCACUACAUUUAUAUAUUCUUUUAACAUCGACUUAUUGUCGACAUUGUUGUAGCCGAAAUGGCCUAAUUAUUGUAACACUAAGGUCUUUUGACCUAUCUAUGUAGCUCUAGUUCCAACUACUUUGGAUCUAAAGUUUCAACCUGAUGAUGGACUGAUUGGUCCGAAAACGUUUGUUUUUUGUACUAUAGAUGUACCCACUUCAAUACAAUUUGGAUCUGAUUAGAUAAAAAUUUUAAUAAAUUUAUAUACCAUCUACCUACAAAUGAAGUUUUACUUCCUUAGUAAAAAUCAUACAAUUGUGAAAUUUGUUUUAAGCAGUUUUCUAGUACAAGUAAUUUGAAAAAUCAUUUGGGUGUACACACUGGAAAAAAAUGUACAAAGCUUGAACUUGUUUAAAACAGUUUGUUACUGCAAGUUGCAACGGAUAGCUAUGUUAGACAUCAAUCAGGCUGUAUCUCUAACUGAGUUUAAUUUAAAUAAAAAUGUAUUCUUAAUAAAUAUGGGUUUUCAUGGGUCGACCGACCCCAAUUCUUCAACUGUCAUCAACACGCCUAAGUUCAUGAGCAACUUCGAUACGAGAAUAAUAAAAAAAAUGCAUUGAAAUCCAGACCCCGUAAUUUUUGGAGCAUUAGAAAAUGAGUACAAAGACAUACAUCAUUUUUUUUUUGUAAUUCCACCUUCAAUUUACCGUGUACUUCUCGUUGACUCUUAACCGAUAAGAUAGAGUCGUUGAUGAAUCGGGCGGCGUCUGUUUUCAUGUUUCGAGGUUAUGUUGAAUAGGUUUAUUUUUGCCAUAGACGGGCACGCAAGGUUUCACCAACACGAAUCUACCUUAUCGGCAGAGUCUACGAAAAGUGUACGGUAAAUUGAAGCUGUAAUUACAAAAAAAGAAAUAUGUAUGUCUUUGUACUCACUUAACGCUCACAUAACGCUCAAAAAAUUACGGGAUCCGGAUUUCAAUGCAUAUUUUUUUUAUAAUUCUCGUAUUAAAGUUACGCGUGAAAGUGAAGUGUGAAGUUUGUUUGAAGCAGUUUUCUCUAACAAUUGAUUUAAAAAGACAUUUCAGAACACACACUGGAGAAAAACCUCACCAGUGUGAAAUUUGUUUUAAACAGUUCAGUUAAGCAAAUAAUUUGAAGACCCAUUUGAGAAUACAUUCUGGAGAAAAACCAUACAAUUGUGAAAUUUGUUUUAAGCAGUUUUCUAGUACAAGUAAUUUGAAAAAUCAUUUGGGUGUACACACUGGAAAAAAAUGUACAAAGCUUUAACUUGUUUAAAACAGUUUGUUACUGCAAGUUGCAACGGGUAACUAUGUUAGACAUCAAUCAGGCAGUAUCUCUAACUGAGUUUAAUUUAAAUAAAAAUGUAUUCUUAAUAAA